GUUUGCCGCGUUAAAGUUUUGCAACUCAGAACUCAGUAAUCUCUUCCUCACUCAUACUCUCUCUCUCUCUCUCUCAACAGAAAGGAAACUUGUAAGGGUAUAGUGGGAGUCGGUAUGCAGGCCUGCAGUGGAGCUGGAAUGAUGGGUUCUCUGCAACAACCUGUAAGGGCCACAAGACCAUCGUUUCCUUUAAUGGGGUUUGGCAUUUCAGGGUCACCUAACCAAAUUAAGCUCAAUUCAGUGAGGCCCUGUAAAUUGUCUCAUGUUGGAGGUAGUUUAGUUACUGGGGCGCUGCCCGCUUCUGUCUCUGUCACUGUGCCGGAAAUCAGUGGUGAGGGAAGCACUUUUGUGGAUUAUGGGCUCAGUGAAGCAGAUCCUGAGGUGCGUGCAAUUAUUGACAAGGAGAAAGAGAGGCAGUUCAGAAGCCUUGAAUUGAUUGCCUCUGAAAACUUCACUUCUAGAGCUGUGAUGGAGGCUGUUGGUUCAUGCCUAACAAACAAGUAUUCUGAAGGACUACCUGGUAAAAGAUAUUAUGGUGGAAAUGAAUAUAUAGAUGAACUUGAAACUCUUUGUCAAAAAAGGGCUUUAGCAGCAUUUCACUUAGAUGAAACUAACUGGGGUGUUAACGUUCAACCGUUGUCGGGUUCUCCUGCCAAUUUUGAGGUUUAUACAGCAAUUCUCAAGCCACAUGAUCGCAUAAUGGGUUUGGACUUACCUCAUGGGGGCCAUUUGUCACAUGGGUUCAUGACCCCUAAAAGACGGGUAUCUGGGACCUCUAUUUAUUUUGAAUCCAUGCCUUAUCGACUUGAUGAAUCUACAGGUCUUGUUGAUUAUGAUAUGCUUGAGAAAACUGCAAUUCUCUUUCGACCUAAACUCAUUAUUGCUGGUGCUAGUGCAUAUCCUCGAGAUUUUGACUAUCCUCGCAUGAGGAAGAUUGCUGAUUCUGUUGGUGCAUUUCUGAUGAUGGAUAUGGCACACAUUAGUGGACUUGUUGCUGCUUCUGUGGUUGCCGACCCCUUUGAGUAUUGUGAUAUUGUGACAACAACAACACAUAAGUUGAAUCUACAUAACCAACUGUAUUUGCUCCCUUAUUUUCAGUCUUUGAGAGGUCCACGAGGAGGCAUGAUCUUUUUUAGAAAGGAUCCUGUUCUAGGAGUUGAUUUGGAAUCUGCUAUUAAUAAUGCUGUUUUCCCAGGUUUACAGGGUGGUCCUCAUAACCACACAAUUGGUGGACUUGCGGUUUGCUUGAAACAUGCACAGUCCCUGGAGUUCAAGGCUUACCAGAAUAAGGUUGUCUCUAACUGUAGAGCUCUAGCAAGUCGACUGCUUGAGCUAGGCUACAAACUGGUUUCUGGUGGGAGUGACAAUCACCUGGUACUUGUGGAUCUUAGGCCAAUGGGAAUUGAUGGCGCUCGAGCGGAGAAAAUUCUUGACAUGGCCUCUAUCACCCUGAACAAAAAUUCUGUCCCUGGUGACAAGAGCGCACUUGUGCCAGGAGGCAUUCGCAUUGGUUCACCUGCAAUGACCACCAGAGGAUUCACAGAAAAGGAGUUUAAACUCAUAGCUGAUUUCAUCCAUGAAGGUGUUCAAUUAACCAUAGAUGCUAAACGCUCAGUAUCCGGAUCAAAACUCCAGGAUUUCUUGAACUUUGUCGCAUCUCCUGAUUUCCCUCUGAGGGAUAAGGUGUCGGACCUUGGUAGCAGAGUCGAAGCACUCACAGCCCAGUUCCCAAUACCUGGUGUGUGAAUCAGAUGGUAGGCUUGUGGAAGUCUACAAAGUUAGUAAACAUGUAUCUUAUCAGUUUUCUUAACAGGAAGAUGAGAAUUUAAGAUGAAAAUUUUCGAAAGUUUUGGGAUGUUGAGCUGGAUUUCACCUGAUUAUUAUCAAGUAAUAAAUAAAGAAAGAAGGCAAAC